ACGUGAAAUAUGUUAUAAUUGAGUGAUUUGUUAUAAUUGAAGUUUUAAUAAAAAAAUUAGUAAGGAAACAUAUUCAUCAUGAUAUCAUUACAAACAAAUUUAUUUUUUCUUUUGUCCCUACGACAAAAAAAAAAUUGAAAAAUGCUACUCCGCAUUAUAAUUGUUGUCGUUUGAUAAACAGCAACUUCAAGAAUAAAAUGUUAUCUGUUUGAGCGAACUUCAUAUUACGGUUUUUGGAUCUCAAAGAUAUGGAAAGUAUAAAAAAAAAAAAAGACAUGGUAAGACGCUUACUUUAUCGAUAUAUUUUUAAACGGACAUCUACGUACGUUCUUGGAAUAGUCGUAACAAGUAUUUUCUUUGAACGAACCUACGAUUAUCUCUGCGAAUCCAUUUUUGAGUUGAUAAAUGAUGGGAGAUUAUGGGCGCACAUAAAACAUCAAUAUGAAAAUCCUCCAUUGGUUGAAAAUGUGGAAAAUAAGAAAUUGUCACCUGGUUUGCAGGACGAUUUAAAAAAAGAAGUUUCCGUCGGAAAAAAGAUCGACUGAGUUUAAUAAGCAAUUUCUUUGCUGUGUUUUUUUUUCAAUAUAAAUACUUCGUUUAGUAAUAUUUAAUAGUAUAAGUACUUUCGCAAUAUAAGUAUUUUCGUAUAGGAAUUUUCUAUUUAUAUAAAAAAAACAAAUUCAUUUAAUUUCGAAUAGUGAGUUAUAAUUGUAAUCAUAAAUAGAAUAAUAAUCGGUUGUCUUUGUUUUAAUUUUGAAUAAUUACA